GCUACCAAAGUGAGAAAAAAAAAAAGACCCCAGUAUGUAAAAAAAUUGUGAUUGAAGAAGGUAUGGGCUGUAACACUGUCUACAUGUAUUAGCAUUAUUAGCAGGUUUUACUAACUGCCACUGUAGCCCAUUGACUUAAAAUAUAAGCGAUGAUAUUGGAGGAGGUGUUACUCGUAACCUGACUGACCAAUGGUUGAAUAGCUGCCUUAUCGGCCACACUUCAGCUUGACCUCCAACCUUUGAGUGACCACUGGACAGUUCAUGUAAUUGUUUGCAUGAAAAUAUCUGGAAAUAGGACAUGAUGCGUUUUCUUGGUAACUAACAAGCCAUGCCUAGGGUAGGCUGAACACUGACAGGACUCGUCAUUGGUGUGUUUUGGACUUUAUGGGUGGAUGUUUACACGAUUUCUAUAAAACAUGGUUAAAACCACCACAUCGUAGAGGUAUUAGAUAACCAUGUACUCAGAUAACCAUGUACUCAGUGGCCACACGUAGGAAACUCUUCAUAUCAUAUCUUAUUUCUUGAUAUUGAAGGUUUUAUUGGUACUGAAGGUUUCAUAUAAAGAUACAUUAACAAUUCCUCCGGACAACUUGACCAUUCUCCUUGACCAUUCUCCGGACAUCUAUGAACAGUAUUGGUCAGUGAUGUACACAGUAGUGAUAGGUGUAUUAGUUAGUUUUCCUGUACAACAACAACAACAACAGACUAUUUCAUCCUGACCAGUUGUAGUGACCGUAGUGACCAUUCCUGUGAGUUACACUGACCCAACAUCAAGAUGCACUCGGAUGGAAAAGGCGUGAUACAGAACGGACACAGGGCGGAUGCUGUGUCGCCACAGAUAGCUGAUGGGGUAGACAAGGUGAUGUCGGAGGAUCAUACCCUCAUUGAAAACCAAGAGGAUUGGAAAAAAUCAUACACUGAAAGCAUUAAUGAGGACGAUCAUCUAAACAACUCCAGUUACCAUGGUGAUAGUCACGAAAAAGACAACCAUCUUGACAACUCCAGUUUCCACAGAGAUGCUCAUGACCUUGAGGAUAGCUCCAGUCCAAUAGUAUCUCCAUAUGAUGACAGUCUCAAUGCUAACAACACUUCCUACAUCUCAGACGGUAGCAGUUUUGACACAGACAGCAUCAAUUUGGUUCCCAAUAAGGAAGGAGUUUUUUUCUGUCACCUCUGCAGCUUCUCAGGUAGAAAUCAGGGAGAAUUUGAACAGCAUAUGACCUGUCAUUUUGAACAUACCUGCCCUCAUUGUGACUACAAAUCACGAACGGAAGGACGUCUGAAACGUCAUAUCAAAGAUUUCCAUACAGAGGACCCUCCAGAAGGAUUUGGUUCCAAAAGGAACAUGGGCCGCCCAAAAGUAUUUAGAUGCAAGCAGUGCGACUUUUCAGCUAUAGAGAAGGAAGAGUUUUGGGCUCAUGCCCGUAGCCACAUCAAGGAGGACAAGAUUCUUCAGUGCCCUCGUUGUCCCUUCGUCACUGAGUACAAACAUCACCUAGAGUACCACCUCCGCAACCAUUUCGGGUCGAAGCCAUUCAAGUGUAACAAAUGUAACUACUCAUGCGUGAACAAGUCGAUGCUGAACAGCCACAUGAAAUCCCACACCAAUGUUUAUCAGUACAGAUGUGCUGAUUGUACGUAUGCCACAAAAUAUUGCCACAGUCUCAAACUUCAUCUUCGCAAAUACAACCACAAACCAGCCACCGUAUUGAACUCUGAUGGUAGUCUGCCACAGGGAAUUGACGCAGAGGCAUCCGGCCUCUCACUGAUGCAGAAGAGGGGUCCACCACGUGGACCAAGGGGACCAAGAAAGGACAAAUUUGACCCGUUCGUCAACCAGUUUCUUACAAUGCCCCAUGUUGGACUACCAGGCAUGCCAACGAGCAUGAACAGUGGAAUGAUGUCCCCCUAUUGGCCAGUCCUCAACCAGUUUCCUCCAAAUGGCCUCCAUGCUCCACCUCCACUGGUACCCGUUUCUAUGAACUCUCCGCUUGGAAGUCUACCUCAAGAAUUUGCUCAACGUAAUAUUCCACUAUCAUCCACUCCAGGUAUAGGCCACAGUCCAGGAGGACCCAAGCAGUCACCGAAUUCUCUCUUCAAAUGUAAAUUCUGCAGUUUCGCUUCCGAUAUCAAAAACGACCUGCUUCGUCACGUAAUGAAAGUACAUGCUUCAGAGAAUAGAGAUCUGUUCUCAAUCAUUGGCAUCUCACCGGAGGCAUUUCUGGAGGAUCGCUACAAACAUAGAUUUGGAAGUCCAGGCAGCAAGAUGCAUCCUGAUGAUGGUAAAUAUCCAGCAUUGCACAUAAAGAGGGAGCCGUCCCCCGACAGUGUGAAAUCCAGCACUCCAUCCUGGCCAGAGGAGUACCCAAUGGGAGCCUCACCAACUAAAGCCAGAUAUCUACACAGUCCAAAUGGAAGCCUGGGGGGAAUGGCGAAGAUGUCCUAUGAUUCAUACAAAAAUGGCAUGAAGAGUCCUCUUAAAGUCUCUGACCCUCCAGCCGGAGACGAUAUCAUCAGACAGAUGAUGGAUAAAUUUGGAUCAGGAAUGCCAGCGACAAGUCCACGUGUAAGUCGUGAAUCGGCACCUCUAGACCUCACCAAACGUAGGUCCCCAUCAAUGAGUCCUACCUUAGCUGAAGGUUAUCAUCCACACGACAGGAGUGUGCUCGACGACAGGCACAUGGACCAGCACGACAUGCCAAUUGGUGCAGAAACAUAUGAAAACGACCACCCAAGGAAAAGACCAUCUGAGGGUCCCCACAAUGUGGAGUCACAGGAGAUGUUCGAAAGUGGACCCCCGAAGAAACGGUCACGGAAAGGGAAAGCGUUCAAGCUGGACACACUUUGUAUGAAGCUGCAAGAGAAGGCUGGAGACAGCGAUGUUGAGGAUGCCUACAGUGGUUCAGAUGGCUACGUUGAUAAUGAGGCACUUGGGACUCAACAAGAAUGCGACUCGGAGGUCUACGGUGCAGAGAGAAAUAGCCAUGAGGAUCAAAAUGAAGAAGGACCAGAGGAGAAAAUCCAUGUUGAUGACUUUGAAGAUGUGCAUAAAAACCUUGCCUUCCUCAACAAUGGAAAGUGCAGUAAGUUUGUAGAUAACAAAGAAGAAAUGGAGAGAAAAGAAUCGGUAAAGGAAGAAGAAAUUAAGGACAAGGAUGAAAAUGGAAAAAACAGAGAACAGAUGAAUUUGAAUAUCAAGAAAGCACUGGAAAUGGCUCAGAUGAAGUUGAAAGAAACAGGAAGACGAAGAGAAAUGGAAAUGUCUAUGCAUGCUUGGAAUGAAUCAAAUAAAGCUCAUUACUUUCCACAAGGCCUGAAUGGUCACAGUCUGCCCUUGACUCCCGAUUUAGAUGUGUUACAUAGUCGAUUUGCCGUGGACAAUACCCACACCCCUAUCUCUACCAGUACACCCAAGUCAAAAAGUGCUGGUAUGAUUGGACAUGACGUGGAUAAGUACGAGUGUACCUAUUGUGAAAUAGCUUUUCGUAACUGUGUUAUGUAUACAAUGCAUAUGGGUUACCAUGGUUACCGCAAUCCUUUCAAAUGUAACAUGUGUGGCUUGACCUGUAGUGACAAAGUGGACUUUUUCCUCCACAUUGCUCGUGAGGCUCACAAUUGAUUGGUUGAUCAGACAGAUAUUAUCAUAACCAUGGAAACCAAUUUCUGAACUGAAGAGACUGCACAAGUGUUGCUAAAGACUAAUUUUACUACUAGUCACUUUUUCCUCCAUACAGUUUAGUGCUGCCUAUAAAAACAGCCUGGCUCUGUUUGUAGAUAAAAACACUUGAACCUUGUUAAUACAGUUUUGGAGGAUAGAUUGCAUCCCAUGGAAGACAAAUGAGGGACUAAUCUGUUUGCAUAACAUUUCUUGUAAAAGUGGCAUUUAGAAGUUGUUUCUGUAGACAGGGUGGUACAGAGUGAGAAUAUACAUGUUACAGGUGCAUGGUUGAAAAAGUGGCCAUUGUUUAAUUGUACAUUGUUGUUGAAUUAUUUAUUUCUCUAUUACUGUAUAUAUAUAUAUAUGUUACCUACAGACAUUGUUUUGUCCCAGUCUGUCAUGGAGGUAAUUUAUUGCAAUACAUGCCUUUCAUAUGCUUAUCUAUAAAACGGGUUUAAUCCAUAUAUAAUCAUUCAGUAUAUAUAUCCCGACAUUUUACUUGUGAGCUCCUCCAUUCCAUAGGACAGACACAAAUGGUUCCUCAGCCAAACGGGGCUACCAAGUCUACAUUGAAGUAUUUUGAUAUAGUUUAUUCCCAAAUAGUGUAAAGUUAUUUAUUUUAGGUUAAUUCUUGAAUAACUGGAGAAAAACUAGUAAAGAUAUUUUAUGUGGAAGGGGAGAUAACUCAUCCAAUUAUAUUUAUUCAUUUAGUUGAUUCCUGCAAUAUUUAGUGUAUUGACAUCAUAUGUAUCCUUCAACUGCAUAAAGAGUUGUCGCCCUUCCCUUUUAUUCUUCAUUGACCAUUUUGUUGAAGGCAGCUAGUCAAAAUCAUCUUUAUUGGAUAUUAUUUUGUUACACAUGAUAUUUUCUGAUGGGGCCAUGGAUAAUACGGGUUAUUUGAUUGGAUGUCUCAUCAUAGUACGGGUCAUUGUAUUGGACAUGUUCCUAAACACAAACUCAUUCAGCAGAUAUCCAGUCUUUUUAUUAAAAUUAUUAUUUCUAAAAUGCCUGUGUAAUACUAUAGAAUAGACAUUUAUAUCCAUAUUGAUGAUACACAAGCGUGUGUCUUGUAUAAAGGUUAUAUAUCAUAUCCUCAGAGGUUUUAUUUAGAAACAUCACAAUAUUUUCCCAUCAUAUUCAAUCAUUAAAAAAAUAGUUUGAAUGAAUACUUUUCCACAGAUGAGUUGUUACACUAAUUCUGAAGCAGUGAACUUUUUGUAUCUGUAUAAAUAUAGUUCUACAGAACUACCAGACGUAAACUCUGUAGCUAGUGGGACUAACAGAAUCCUUACCGGUGAGACAGGGGGAUCUCAACUCAAGGGAAUGACCCUUUAAUUGCCAAAUACGAGGUUUACAGAGGGUUUCGCAGCCUAAGAAGCUUACCCUGAGGGUUGAGAUCCCUUUCUCACCGCAAAAAGGGUGAAUGAUCAUUUUUCUCCUACGCUGUUGCCCUCGGAUAUCUAAUAUGGACACUACAGCAAUGCUAGACUAUGUUGAAGUGACUGAAUUGUCGACAUGAUGUCAUUGUUUUUGUGUCGUGAUGUCAUGGUAGUGUUGUGGUGGUGACAUCAUUGUGGAUGUCCCUGUCCAGGGUAAGAGAAAGAGUAACCUGUCUCUGUUCUGUCUGUACUAUAGUAUCUGGCCCAGAAAAUGUUCUGAAAGUUACAUCAUAUUUUCAAAGUGUGAAAUACACAAUUUUUUUUUUUGAUUUGUUAGACGAUCAUUUUGAAUAUCUACAGAUGUAAUGUUUUAAAUACAAUCAUUUUUGAAUUGUACAAGAUUUAAAUUUAACAUUAUCAAGUUAUAAUUUUUUUUUUUUUUUUAAACUGGCAUUUUAUUAAAUUUCUUUUUCUGGAUUGUGUUAUGAAAAUCCUGCUUUAGAAUUAAGAUAUAACUUUUCAUUAGGAAUUAAAUAAAUGUUUCUAUUUUGUGUAAAUGAUAAAUAUGUAUUAGAUGGUAGAACUGUCACUAUAGUUUUAGCAUAAACACAAUAAUUUUGUUUGCUUCGUUUGAUAUCCCGGUAAUUUAGUUCAAUGUUUAAAUCAACUAGUCAUCGGCGCUGGCUGUACCUAUCAUCCUAAUUAAUAUAUUGUUUGUUAGUGUAGUAUUUGUAUAUGUUACCCGAUCCUUGUGACUAAUUAACUAUUAUACAGAUGUCAUAAUGAGGAUCUUAGGGAUUGGUCUAUUAUAAAUAUCACUCACAGCCUCUUACUAAUGUAUAAAUAAAUAAGGGGCUUAGGGGAGGGGUAGACAGUUUGUACAAAUAAGAGGGGGGGGGCAAGGUACUUGAUAAUUGUUAAAUAAAAAUGCCUUCAUAAUAUAGGGUUCCGAUAACCAAAUUUUACAUCUUCAUCUCCCAUACCAAUUAGCCAUUUUAAUCAUUUCAUACAAAUGGUGCAAGUUUAUCGUUUGUUUUCGGGUAAUUUUUUUUUGACACAGUUCUGCUGAUAAUAUGCUGUACACAAACUAUUUGUAUUGAUUGCGUUUUGUUUUUUAUGCAUGUUUAAUUUUUAAGUUUAAUCCUUUUAUGUUCUUGCAUGCAGUUGCAAAGGAUGGGUGCUUUUUAUUGAAUGUUUAAAAUAUCCAAAUGUUGCAUUACAGAACUUUAUAGUGAUAAUUUCGGUGUUGCCAACGUAACAGACUUUGAAUAACAAUGUAGUCACAUGUUUUAUCUGAUCUUUGAUACCAAGUAUAUUUAUGUUUGCGAAAAUUUCUCCUGCGUAUCAAAUAAGCUGGUGGUUUUAGUAUGCGAUUUCAAAAGUCGAAUAAGCAAAUGCCGUUUGAUCUCAAUAUAAAGGAAAUAAAUUUAAUAUUUUACCAUUUUUCCAGCAAAUGGACGUUCAAAAUAUGUCGUUGUAAAUCUUAAAUAUCAGGGUUUCACUUUACAGUUCAGAAUGCAACAGUUUGAUAGAUAAACAUUUAUUUUUGUUUAUAGGUGCUUCUCAUAACGAUAACUAUUCUACAAAUAUUUCUGUUUUUGUUUUAUUUCUGAUUUUUUUCCCCCCACUCGAACAUGCGAAGGGAAUUUAUUGCACUGUUUGUUAAAGGCUCUGAUUUGGUGACCUUUUACCUCCGGUAGUCAAGCCUCAAUUUGUUCGUCAGCAUUUUGGAAAAUGGUUAUUUAAUUAAACUAUUCCUUUUUAAUGAUAUUUACCUUAAAUCUACAAAAUGGUAAUCAAUUUCUCUGGUAAUUUUACGAAAAUCAGUUGGCAACUGAUUUGCUCGUUAUACAGAGUGGCUCCAGUUCUUUAUGGUUGAUGUUGUACUGUACUAUGUUGUAGAUGCGAUGUUUUUUCAUCUUGUUAAACGUUAGUGCUUUUAAACUGAUAUGUUUGAUCGCCACUACCUACAAUCAUUGUAGGGGGAGUUUAUAAUAUUAUGAUUUUUUCCCUGCAAAUAUUUCCAAAGGGGGAUAACUAUGGGCAUUAGCAAGGAAGAGAAUUUGUGUUAAACUGUUAAUGUUGAAAUACUGUGAAAAUGUACGUUUUGAAAUUAUUCUUUUAUUUUAAGACUUUUCAUUUGUAAAAAAAAAAUAUAUAUAUUAUUUUUCUUAGGAAAUAAGCCAUGCUUUUCAUCGAUAUAUUAUCUGAUUCCAUAAAUUAAUCAAAAAAAUCAGUUUUGAAGGUUAAUGUAUAGACUUGUAAUGAUUAAUUUAUUUGUUGUUUCGGAUGAUGUGAAACUUUCUAUAACAAUUGACCAUGAAUCAAAAUAUUUUAAUCAAUAAAAUUCACAUGAAUUGAUACAGUUGUAUGUGUAUUGUUGAAGUAGUUUACCUAUCUUAAGUCUGUAAUCAAUUUUGGACAUUCCAUAAUCUUUACAUUUUACUAGAUUUUACUCUGGUUAAUUAGAAUUAAUUUGCUUGAUUAUAA